UACCCUGCUCCCCGCCCCCUCGAACCUUCUCCCCUUGAUUCAAACAGCGGGCAUCUCUUCCCUGUCACGGGCAUUGGCAGCAGUAGCAGAAGUAUCAUCAUCAUCAGAAGUAGCACAAGUAUCAUCGUCGUCAUAGGAAGCGGCAGAAACAGAAGGAAAAUAUCACUUAAUAGCAGCAACGGUAUCAUCACAAUGUCAUAAGUAGAAGAAGAGUCAUUGUCAUCAGCAGUCGUGCCAUCGUCGUCCUCACCAGCAGCAGGGCAUCAAGGUGGUGAUCGCCACCGCUGAUAGGCGCCGCUCCCAGUCUGCGAGCUCCUCUUAUUGCCAUUGCCGUGAGGACGGUGGCGUCUCAUGAGACGCGGCUACCCAAGCGCGGCGCUAUGGACAUGACCCCCCCGCGCGCCGCCGAUGGCUGCAGCAAGGCGCAGCUUUCGUCCCGCGCCACCGCCUUCUCCAUCGCCGCACUCAUGUCGCGCAGCAUCAGCAGCGACACCGGCAGCGGCACCAGCAGCGGCACCAGCAAAGAGCAGCACGAGGCGCCCCCUUACGGGUCUGCAGAGGCUGGAGAGGUAGGAGCUCAUAAAGAGGACAUAAUUCUGGCUCCUAAGGACUUGUACCAGCGCAGAAACUCCGCCGCCCCCUGCAGUGACCAGGAGCUGGCGCGCAUCGCGUGCGCCUUGGAGACCAAGGAGCUGUGGGACAAGUUUCAUGAGCUGGGCACCGAGAUGAUCAUUACCAAGUCUGGCAGGCGCAUGUUCCCGACGAUCCGCGUGUCAUUGAGUGGGGUGGAGCCGGACGCGCGCUACAUCGUGCUCAUGGACAUCAUACCGGUGGACCAGAAGCGCUACCGCUAUGCCUACCACCGCUCUUGCUGGCUCGUCGCAGGAAAAGCAGACCCGCCUCUGCCUUCUAGGCUCUACGUGCACCCAGACUCUCCCUUCACUGGAGAGCAGCUCCUCAAGCAGAGUGUAUCCUUUGAGAAACUCAAGCUCACGAACAACGAGCUGGAUCAGCACGGACACAUCAUCUUGAACUCUAUGCAUAAGUAUCAACCACGUGUUCACAUCAUCAAGAAGAAGGAGCACACCGCGUCCUUGCUGAACCUCAAGUCUGAAGAGUUCCGCACAUUCGUAUUCCUGGAGAGUGUCUUCACAGCUGUGACAGCGUACCAGAACCAGCUGAUUACCAAACUAAAGAUCGAUAGCAACCCAUUCGCGAAAGGGUUCAGAGACUCUUCAAGACUCAGUGACCUGGAAAGGGACAGCGUGGAGAGCUUGAUACAGAAACACACUUAUGCCAGGUCGCCCAUCCGGGCCCUGUCUGGGGAAGAUGACGUCUACCCUUGUGAUGACGGUCAGGGCUCUCAGUCCAAAGUGCCAGUCUUCUCGCAUACCAGUGGCGUGACGCUAAGUGCCUGGGUAAGUCAUGCUGGGCUCCCUGCCUUCCAGCCUUCAGUGGCAUCCCAUCCGGGGCCAGCACCCCACCCUCCUCCCUACAGUCAACUGGGGAUCCACCUCGCAGCUGCUGCCGCUGCCGCAGCCGCUACAGCUACUGCCGCUGUAGGAAACGCGGCGGGUCCCCCAGCCUCGGCACACCCUGCAGGAGCCCUACAGGGCACGAGUCGGAUGAAUCUGGCUGGGUCACCGCAGGGUGGUCCUCCUCUAUUUCCCACUUACCCCGUGCCUCGCUAUCACCACCUUUUCCAGCAAGGCCCUUACGAAUCAACGCAGAGACUAAGGAACCACAAUGCCAUCAUGACACCGUUCGUGUAAACUCCUUAAGCGUUCCAGUCAUUACAGUACUUGGUAUAUUGACAUUGCAGAGCACUCUUUUUCAAAAUCAGUAGGUAAGAAGAGUAUGUACAAGUUAUAAUCAACACUUGCUAAUAGUAAUAAAAAUAGGCAUUGAAUUCUGCUAAUAACCAGUCAAAUAUAGUAAUGUAAUGCUAUAUUUUCGCACUAAAAAACAAAUACUAAACCCACCAAUAUGUCAAGCAGGGGGUUUUGAACAACACCACUUUCAUUAUUGAAGUGAACAUUGUUCUUAAGAAUGUUUUCCACAAGCACGUGUUCCAAAUGUGUGUGUGCGGAUCACAGUUGAGUAACGUCUUUAAAUUUAUAUUCAUUUUAAAUGAUUAUUUUAAAAAAGAAUGUAAUUCCAUUGUCACUGACACUAAGCAAACUGACUUCUGGUCAUAUGUAACCAACAUUUACACAACAUUUAUAAAUUUAGCAUUUGUGCAUCGACAAUAAAUGUCGUUUGCUUAAGUACAAGUACAUGUGGAGUAUAUUUACAUAUAUUAUAAUUUUAUUAUAAUUUUUAGACCUUUGCCAAUUACCAGCAUGCUAAAGUAUGAUAAAAGCCUUCACAACUGACACGUGGGAAGGCCUUCAUCCAAUUGCGCCUGGAUAAGGGUCGUGAAUUACUAUGAUUUCAUGUAUUCUAUGUUAAUAACACGUUUUUUUCCUUUAAAAAUCUCUUAAACUAUUGUGAUUUUACCAGGUAAUGCUGACUGAGCUAUAUAGCUCUUUUUCAGAAGCGACAACUACCAGCACCAGACACAUUUCUAUGGAGCAAAAUAUAAAUUUCACCUUUGUGUAAAAUUUGGUGACUGAGCUCAAAAGCCAAACUUUGUAGCUACAGAGGUGGUGACCCAGGUUUCAGUGCCAACAACUCCAGAGAUCACAAGAAACACUGUGGUGUAGGCAAGAGUCACUAUUAUUUAUGUUGUUUAUAUUCCUAUUAUGUUUGACUUGAUGGUUCUCUGAUUUUAAGAUUCAGGUCUCAUCUUAACUAUAUUCCCAUUACAUGUGUCACAGGCACUCUCACUAGUCACACUGAGUGUUAUAUUCAUUGGCUACUGUGGUGAUGUGAGCUGCAAUACAUUUUGCACAGAAUUCCCAAUAUAAUCUGUGAAACUGCCAAUCACCCAUUCUUAUCUACGGUGUGUGUGGUCUCAGAGUAAUAAAAUGAGUUUGAACACUUUCAUACAGUUACACAUAGACUAUGAUCAAAUUUUAGUAUUUAUCUUCGGCUAAAUAAAUUGUUUUAAGAUUCAAUCAUAUUCUGAGACUUUGUAAAUCCAAAAUAUGCUGUAUUUUAGAAAAUGUAAAACGUGUAUUUUUAUUUGCAACACAAAAGUUGUUACAUUUGUUUUGUAAUGUGAUCAUCAUUAUUUCUGAAUGGUAUUGUAGCUUUCACUUCACUUGGUACUGCUGGUUGCUCUGUACAAUUAACACAAAGAACAAUGCUGAUUCUAUGACAACUAUUGCGUGCAGUCAAGGCACUACAUAGUAGUCUCCAGAUGAUACAUUUAGAUGUACUGCAAGUGCAAGUUGUUAUUGUAGAUAUUCUCAAAUUGCACCAUGCACGAUAUGUCUACACCUUCAAUUAUUAUCAAGAUCACUACCGCAAGGCAAUGGGAAAGGCUCCCUGUUUGCACUUGAGGAGGCUUUCAAUGCCUGCACAACACUGCAUUCCAACAGAACUACGGUGGCAAGAUGUUAACUCCCUCCCCUAGUAUGUAGGAGGCCAUGGGUUCGAUCCCUACCCUGACACCUGUAUAUUUUGAGUUUGCAUGUUCUCUCCGUGGUUGCGUGGAUUUUUCUCCAGGUCGUCUGGUUUUCCCUCCACAUUUAGAAGCAUGCAUUAAGAGUAUGUGUUUUUUUAUAUAAAUGUACACAGGGUAAGAUACCUCAUUGCGCUAUUGUUUGUGGCUAGGUCGCUUCUGAAAUGGAACUGUAUCACUCAGUAGGUCUUACCUGGUAAAGGAAAAAGUUUAGUUUAAUUAACCUACAAACUAUAUUAUGCAAGAUCAUGUUGCUGCUGUUUUUGAAUGUAUCAUAGUUUACUUUCAGUCAAAGCAACACAUUGACAUGUGCAUUAUUCAACAACCUCGUCAUUUACUGUAUAAUAUAAUUGUAUUUUAUUCCAUUGAGCGAAUACUGUGUUACCAUUAUAAAUAAUGACGAGAAAAGUUUAAUUUCCAUAAGGAUGAGCAACUUAGUAAUUUUAAAACUUGCAAACUCGGUAAAACCAGGCAACGUGAUAGAUACUUGACAACCGAUAGCCAUGUAUGGCUGAAUGUAGAGAGGCACACGUGUGUAUGUCAUUACACAUACACCUGUAAAUAGACAAAAUACAGAAAGCAACAUGCAAACAUAAGUGUCAAAUAUUGUCAUUGCUAACAGAAAGAUUGUUAAUGAAGACACUAUCUACUAGAAACAAUAUACUUGGCGUAAUGUCCAACUGUUGUAUUUAAAGCGCAAUGCAGCAUUUACACAGGUGACAAACUAAACACCUCAUUCGAGACCCAAACAACGCACAACUCCUGGCUCUCGAAGACACCGGUGGAUCAUCAACCGCCUCACACCAACAGGCUGAUGAGCACAUCUUCACAAAUGGAAAAUUAAAGACAAGACACAGCAGUGCAAGUAUGGCCAUGCAACCCAAACUAUGGACCAUCGAAUAAACCACUAUAGUUUGCACUCCUUUAGUGGAGGAAUGGAAAAACUUACACCAACUUUCUGCUGAAGCUGUCUCGUGGCCAGAUGACUUCGAGAUUGGUAUGUAGCGUCUGAACAUACUACCCACACGUAAGAAUAUAGGUGACUAUUGGCUUAUCCUGUGCUCAAAGUAUGUGGUGCAUUUUCGAGUUUUAACUUUUUUUGAAAAACAGAUGGACAACAUUCAUUGUGUGUGUAUUCGGGGGCACGCCUCGGGCAGUCAUGGACUUGAUUAUGGAAUUUUAAAUGGUGACAUGUAUAUGCACGCUAUUAAUUUAACACAUGCACCAGUUUACGUACCAAAGCAAACCUGUUACUUUGUUUGGGAGGUGUUCACGCAUGUCUGUAUAAAGGAUUUUGUUAUUUAUGUGCUCA